AUGUCCGCGCCUCAUCUACCCGGGUCAAGAUUGAGAGAGGAGCAACAGAUCGAGCUUUCUGGAGAUAUCAACAAACUUCAAAGGCAUCGACUCGCACUUUGGGCGAAACAGAAUGAUCAACAGACAUUUCACUAUGAGAACCUGCUUCAAACUGAAAUUCGGCUUCUAGAGAUUACGCAGCGGCAGGAGGCGCUAGAGGAGCAGCUUGCGAAGCAAUAUAACGGCCAAAGUCUCAAAAAAGAAAUAGCAUGGCUUAGUCAAGAAAGUUGGCUUCACAAACGAAAAUGGUGGUGUAUCAAGUCAUCAUUCCAAGAUGGCCCGUUGAUGCGAGGCAUACAACUAUGGCGAUCACACCCUAACUGGUAUAUGCACCGUGUGCUUUAUGAAGACUGUGUCGGGAGAGGAGGAUGCUGUGAAAGAGGCUGUAACUGUUGUGUGAAUCGCCAGUUUUCAAAGGAAGGGAGAUUUGCCACUGGACAUUGUACAGUGGAGUGUUCGUGUUGUGCCAAGGCUCGAGGCUUUGAGCUUAGCACUCAACAGAAAGAUAACCUUCGAGGUAUAUUCUCGCUUAGCCACUGCUCGGGCUAUACCAAACGAAUGUGGUAUGCUUCUUUGUUGGGACUUAUGACAGACAGUAUCGAAAGCCCAUUUGACAUGAUUAUUGAUACUCCCCCACGAUACGAAACUCCUCCAGUAGCGAGGCGCGAUGUUAUUGUUGCAAGCCAUUCACAUUGA